CUCACUGCCCGUCCCUCCUCGCCUCAGUCUCCUCGGUCCUCUCCCAGGGAAGAGGACCGGCGGAAGCACCUCUCUCGAGUCUUAGGCUGCGGAACCUAAGACUCAGCGAGAGGAGCCCAGGAGGAGACAGACCUUUCCCCUCUUUUCCCAUCCCUUCUUCUUGCUCAGAGAGGCAAGCAAGGCGCGGAGCUGUAGAAAGUUCUUAAGUGGUCAGGAAGGUAGGUGCUUCCCUUUUUCUCCUCACAAGGAGGUGAGGCUGGGACCUCCGGGCCAGCUUCUCACCUCAUAGGGUGUACCUUUCCCGGCUCCAGCAGCCAAUGCGCUUUGGAGCCGCUCUCUGCAGAGCCAGAGGGCAGGUCGGCUUCUUGGUGUGCGCCUAAGAGGAUGGAUCGGAGGUCCCGGGCUCAUCAGUGGCGCCGAGCUCGCCAUAAUUACAACGACCUGUGCCCGCCCAUAGGCCGCCGGGCAGCCACCGCGCUCCUCUGGCUCUCCUGCUCCAUCGCGCUCCUCCGCGCCCUUGCCACCUCCAACGCCCGUGCCCAGCAGCGCGCGGCUGCCCAGCAGCGCCGGAGCUUCCUUAACGCCCACCACCGCUCCGGCGCCCAGGUAUUCCCUGAGUCCCCCGAAUCGGAAUCUGACUACGAGCACGAGGAGGCAGACCUUGAGCUGUCCCUUCCCGAGUGCCUAGAGUACGAGGAAGAGUUCGACUACGAGACCGAGAGCGAGACCGAGUCCGAAAUCGAGUCCGAGACCGACUUCGAGACCGAGCCUGAGACCGCCCCCACCACUGAGCCCGAGACCGAGCCGGAAGACGAGCGCGGCCCGGUGGUGCCCAAGCACUCCACCUUCGGCCAGUCCCUCACCGACAGCCAGUCUCUCACCCAGCGCCUGCACGCUCUCAAGUUGCGAAGCCCCGACGCCUCCCCAAGUCGCGCGCCGCCCAGCACUCAGGAGCCCCAGAGCCCCAGCGAGGGGGAGGAGCUCAAGCCCGAGGACAAAGAUCCAAGGGCCCCCGAAGAGUCUGAGGAGCCCAAGAAGGAGAAGCAGCGGCGUCGCUGCAAGCCUAAGAAGCCCACCCGCCGUGACGCGUCCCCGGAGUCCCCUUCCAAAAAGGGACCCAUCCCCAUCCGGCGUCACUAAUGGAGGACGCCGUCCAGAUUCUCCUUGUUUUCAUGGAUUCAGGUGCUGGAGAAUCUGGUAAAAGCACCAUUGUGAAGCAGAUGAGGAUCCUGCAUGUUAAUGGGUUUAAUGGAGAGGGCGGCGAAGAGGACCCGCAGGCUGCAAGGAGCAACAGCGAUGGUGAGAAGGCAACCAAAGUGCAGGACAUCAAAAACAACCUGAAAGAGGCAAUCGAAACCAUUGUGGCCGCCAUGAGCAACCUGGUGCCCCCCGUGGAGCUGGCCAACCCCGAGAACCAGUUCAGAGUGGACUACAUUCUGAGUGUGAUGAACGUGCCUGACUUUGACUUCCCUCCCGAAUUCUACGAGCAUGCCAAGGCUCUGUGGGAGGACGAAGGAGUACGUGCCUGCUAUGAACGCUCCAACGAGUACCAGCUGAUUGACUGCGCCCAGUACUUCCUGGACAAGAUCGAUGUGAUCAAGCAGGCUGACUAUGUGCCGAGCGACCAGGACCUGCUUCGCUGCCGUGUCCUGACUUCUGGAAUCUUCGAGACCAAGUUCCAGGUGGACAAAGUCAACUUCCACAUGUUUGACGUGGGUGGCCAGCGUGAUGAACGCCGCAAGUGGAUCCAGUGCUUCAACGAUGUGACUGCCAUCAUCUUCGUGGUGGCCAGCAGCAGCUACAACAUGGUCAUCCGGGAGGACAACCAGACCAACCGCCUGCAGGAGGCUCUGAACCUCUUCAAGAGCAUCUGGAACAACAGAUGGCUGCGCACCAUCUCUGUGAUUCUGUUCCUCAACAAGCAAGAUCUGCUCGCUGAGAAAGUCCUUGCUGGGAAAUCGAAGAUUGAGGACUACUUUCCAGAAUUUGCUCGCUACACUACUCCUGAGGAUGCUACUCCCGAGCCCGGAGAGGACCCACGCGUGACCCGGGCCAAGUACUUCAUUCGAGAUGAGUUUCUGAGGAUCAGCACUGCCAGUGGAGAUGGGCGUCACUACUGCUACCCUCACUUCACCUGCGCUGUGGACACUGAGAACAUCCGCCGUGUGUUCAACGACUGCCGUGACAUCAUUCAGCGCAUGCACCUUCGUCAGUACGAGCUGCUCUAAGAAGGGAACCCCCAAAUUUAAUUAAAGCCUUAAGCACAAUUAAUUAAAAGUGAAACGUAAUUGUACAAGCAGUUAAUCACCCACCAUAGGGCAUGAUUAACAAAGCAACCUUUCCCUUCCCCCAAGUGAUUUUGCGAAACCCCCUUUUCCCUUCAGCUUGCUUAGAUGUUCCAAAUUUAGAAAGCUUAAGGCGGCCUACAGAAAAAGGAGAAAAGGCCACAGAAGUUCCCUCUGACUUUCAAUAAAAAUAAAUAAAACAACAGCAGCAAACAAAUAAAAUGAAAUAAAAGAAACAAAUGAAAUAAAUAUUGUGUUGUGCAGCAUUAAAAAAAAUCAAAAUAAAAAUUAAAUGUGAGCAAAGAA